UAGCACUACGAGGUACCUCCUUGUAGCAAAGCCGCCAAUAUCUCUGUUAUCGUUCAGCCUCGCCGCUAUUUAGGUACAAUGGAAUGUUGGUUGUCUUCUCUGAGCCCGCUCUAUCUAGGCCGAGUAGCUUCGUGUUGCAACCCGAUAUUCGCGACGAGUAUAUGCAUUUCUUUCUUUUUUGCGCCCGUUACCCCAUAGGCCGACGAUUAGACGCGACGCGAUGAAUCAAAUACGGGCCAUCCAGGCGCUCAAUAAGCGCGAGAUCGAGAACGGCGUAUCACCGGAAGCCUCGUGGCAUACCGAUUAUCGCGACACCGCAUUCGUAAACUUUGGCGGCCUACCCUACGAGCUGUCUGAGGGCGAUAUUAUCACCAUUUUCUCACAAUAUGGCGAGCCCGUUUUUCUGAAGUUGGUACGGGAUAAGGAGACGGGUAAAAGCAAGGGUUUCGGCUGGCUCAAGUAUGAGGACCAGCGCAGCACAGACCUUGCCGUUGACAACCUCGGCGGUGCUGAGAUCAACGGCCGCCUCCUCCGCGUCGAUCACGCCCGCUACAAACCUCGUGACGAUGAGGACCCCGGUGAUUUCCACGUUGGUUGGAAAGACAUCUCACGCCUCGAAAGAGUUGCUUCUAGGGGCGGGGAGCAUGCGGAUAUAUAUAAGAGUAGCGAUGAUGAAGAUGAGGAGGUGGAUGAGGCUAGACGACCCCUGAUCAAAGAGGAGCAGGAGCUGGCUAAGCUGAUCGCAGAGCACGAUGAAGACGACCCCAUGAAAGGUUUCUUGAUCGAGGAGAAGAAGAAAGAAGUCGAGCGGGCCCUGAGGGCAGAAGAGCAGAGAGUAGAAAAGAAGGACAGGAGAGAAAAGCACCGGCAUCAUCACCAUAGUCAUCGCCCUAGGCGGGAUGAUGGGAACGGCGAAGGGCAUAAUCGGCAUAAGAGGUCGAGACGGGACGAAACCACUGAUGCGAGUGGCCGAGUGAGCGCAGAGCGAACCGAACGCCCCUCGAGACCAAGGAGGCAAGAUACUUCUGCAGACCGCGAGUGGAAGAGGUCUAGCGACGAUCAUGACCGGCGUCACGAGAAGGAGCGGGUCAGGGAUCUAGACGGCAACUAUGAGCACGAAAAGCGUUCGCGCCGUUACGACAGUGAAGAUGGAGACAGGCGUCGAAGUAGUAGGCGGAGGAGGAGCGGGGGCAGAUCACCGGGAUCAAGUAGGUGUUGACGACGUUGCCUAGUCACUCCACGAAAAUAUCAUGGAGUCAAUGCUAUUUAAAAAUACAU